AUUCAAGAGGAAAUAGACCAAAACAUUGGCAGAGAAAGGAUGCCCAGACUGUCAGAUCGGAGCAUGUUGCCUUACACAGAAGCAUUUAUCCUGGAGAUGUUCCGCCAUACCUCCUUUGUGCCCUUCACCAUCCCGCACUGCACAACGAAGGACACAGCACUGAAUGGCUUCUACAUCCCUAAAGAUACUUGUGUUUUUGUCAACCAGUGGCAAGUCAACCAUGAUCCGUAAGUAUCUCUGGAGCAUGAUUUCGAGAUGUGCCGGCAUUCCCAGAAUUUGGAAAG